CAUUUUCUUGUCAUUUCUCUUUUUAUUUUAUUUGACAUCAUUAUAAGUAGCUUCGAUGUAUUACGCACUAAAUCAACUAGAACGAUCCUAAUAUAUAUAUAUAUUUCUUUGUAGUUUAAAAGUUUUUAGUUUGUUCUACACCAUGAGGAAGAUCGACUUACGGAACCAUGGCGAGGCAGCUCAGCCGGAAUGUAUCAAAGCCCUCAUUGUCGAAUUUAUCACCACCUUUUUCUUUGUCUUCGCUGGCGUCGGAUCGGCCAUGGCCACUGACAGUUUAGUCGGAAACACAUUGGUGGGGCUUUUCGCGGUCGCGGUAGCUCAUGCAUUUGUGGUGGCAGUAAUGAUAUCUGCCGGCCAUAUCUCCGGUGGCCACCUCAACCCCGCCGUCACCCUAGGCCUACUUAUGGGCGGGCACAUCAGCAUCUUCCGUGCAUUUCUGUAUUGGAUUGAUCAAUUGUUGGCCUCCUCCGCAGCCUGCUUCCUCCUCAGUUACCUCACCGGAGGAAUGAAAAGCUCUCUUGAUGGGUUGGGCCCACUCCUCACGGGAUUCGUCGUUGGAGCCAACAUCCUUGCAGGCGGCGCUUUCUCCGGAGCCUCCAUGAACCCAGCCAGGUCCUUUGGUCCUGCUUUGGUCUCUGGAAAUUGGACUGACUAAUGGGUAUAUUGGGUUGGACCUUUGAUCGGCGGUGGACUCGCUGAGAACUUCCUCAUUGAGUAUCCACGUGUCCCAGUCACCGACGAUGAGCAGCCAUUCUUAAAUUAAAUGCUUGAAUCUAAGCUAUGCACGGUCAAAAUACAUAUCUAUCAGCUAAUCUUUAUUAAUGUAUUAUUUGAUGCCGAGUGAUUUAUACAAUAAAUAAUUAUAAUAUAAGUGAUAACAAGAUUAUAAAUCACUUACGGGGACUUAGUCAUUUUGAAAAUGCGAAAAGACUUAAUUACCCAUUCAUUAAUAUUUUUCUGUUUAAAGUGAAUUGUAUUUAUUAAAUGUAAUAGAAGAUAGAGUUGCGUUA